AUGACUGCAGUCAGACGUACUCCAUCAUCUAACAGAAGAGCUAGAGGGCCAAUCAACAAGAGAGCUUGCCAAAGAUGUAGGCUUGGAAAGAUAAAAUGCGAUGGUGAUGCAAUAAGUAACCGAUCCUGCAGUAACUGUGAACCAUCAGCUUGUAUAUACGACACAACGCCAAGAAAGAAUAAACAAAUCGAGCAAAUGAAGGAACAAAUGGACACACUCCAACAACGAAUAAUGGGCAUCUACAGUGAUUUCCAAGGAAAAUUGGCGAUUAAAGAAAAGGAAAAGGAAGUUUUGUGUCUAUUGUAUGAAUCAAAAGAAUAUUUUGGUGGUUGUGCAGAGCAUUUAAUUACAUUCGAUAAUUUGAAAAAUAUAAUUAAACAAAGCACUUACCUCCCAGGAUACUUGGAUUUUAUUGGUGCUCUCAUAUCGAAUUUUAAUUUAAAUCAGGAUAAGGUCCCUGGGAUUAUUGAAUCUUUGGAACGGAUCGUAAGUUGCACUGAACAUCAUGAGAGAAAUGCUCCCGGAAUUGAUCAUUUGAAAAGGCAACAAGAUGAUUAUCAUGAUCGCCAACAAUUUCCAGACAAUGGAAUAAUUUUGACUUCUAAUAACAACGACUUACCGAUACCAGUACCAUCGUCAAUAGAUCAAACACCUAUUAUAAAUAUUUAUAGUAUUCCAAACACCACUGUUGUUAAUAAUGAUUACAACAUUACUCCAGCGCCAUUUGAUCAACAACAACAUAAUAACGAUACAAACACCACCAAUAUUAAUGGCAUAAAUUAUAAUUUAAUAUAUAACCCAUAUAUGUAUAAUAACGAUCAAUUUAUUCAAUUAUUGAAAGAUAAAAUAAAUCAAAAAAUAUCAAGCCCUCCUACUGUUGUUGAUUUAAAUAUAACUGCACAUGAUGGUGAAAUACACACAAUUGCAUCAACUGUUGAUGGAAGUAUGUUUGCUACAGGAAGUGCCGAUAAAACAAUUAAUGUAUUUGAUACAGAAACAGGGAAUGUAAAACAGACAUUAACAGGACCACAUCAAUCUAUAAUGCAUGUGUCUUUUAAUAAUACAAACGAAGCAAUUGUUUGUGCAUCAAGCGAUAAUGUUGCUAGAGUUUGGUCAUUAAAUACAGGCAGAAUAGCGUUUACAUUAACCAGUCAUUUGGGUAAAGUUUAUUCUGCCAGAUUUAAUUGUGACUCUACCAGAGUUAUUACAGGAAGCCAUGAUAGAACUAUAAAAGUGUGGGAUAUUCAAAGAGGAUAUUGUAGUAGAACAAUUUAUGCAUAUUCUAGUUGUAAUGAUGUGGUUUCAUUAGAUGAUUACGGUACAACACUUGCAAGUGGACAUCUUGACAAUAGCUUACGGUUUUGGGAUGUUAAAUCUGGUAAAGAUAUAAAAGAAUUGACAAACAUUCAUCUUGGACAAAUUACAUCUGUUUGUUUAUCACCUGAUCGUACGAAAGUGUUAACAAAUUCUCGUGAUAAUUCACUUAAAUUGAUUGAUCUAAGAACAUAUCAAAUUGAACAAACUUUAAAAGCUGAUGGAUACAAGACUGGAGCUAACUGGGCAAGAGUUUGUUUCAGCCCCGAUGGGAAAUAUGUUGCUGCUGAGGGAUCAAUAUAUUAUUGGAAUUCAUUGACUUCUAAAGUAGAAAAAAUAAAUAAAGGAGAACACAUGGCACCAAUAUGCGGUGUUUCUUGGAGUUCAUAUGCUGGAAAAUUUUCAACACCUGUAACUUAUAACGAUGAUGAUUUAAAUGCUAAAGCUGAUGUUAAAAUGAGUGGAUAUGAAUUUGCUGCAAAUAUAAUGUUGAGCGUUAAUUUCUUGGUUUCUCUAAUUAAGAAGAAUUGGCAAAAUGUUAAACGAUUUUUAUGUGGCUUGGGAGAUACAAUAGCUCAACAUGUUGUUGAAAAACGAGGAAUUAAAAAUCAUGAUUCCUAUAGAACAAUUAGAAUCGGAGGAUUUGGUCUUUUGAUAGCUGGACCUGUACCAGCUGUUUGGUAUCGUAUACUAGAUCGAUAUGUUAAAUUUGAAAAUCCAAUAACUGGAUUGUUGGCACGUGUAGCACUUGAUCAAAUGGUCUUUGCACCAACUUUUAUAGCUGGUUUUUUCCUAAUUCAAGGAAUCUUGGAGGGUAAAACUAAACUUCAAUUAACUAGAAAACUUGAAAAAGCAUAUUUACCAGCAUUAUUAAAUAGUUAUAAAAUUUGGCCAAUCGUACAAUUAAUUAAUUUUCGUUUUGUACCAUUGGAUCAUAGAUUGUUGGUGGUUAACACUGUAGCGCUUGGAUGGAAUACUUACUUAUCUGUUACCAAUAAUAAAGUUCAAUGA